AUGAGGUAUGGCGGUGAUCAGGACACUGGUAUGAAGUAUGGCCGUGAUCAGGACGCUGGUAUGAGGUAUGGCCGUGAUCAGGACGCUGGUAUGAGGUAUGGCCGUGAUCAGGACGCUGGUAUGAGGUAUGGCAGUGAUCAGGACGCUGGUAUGAGGUAUGGCCGUGAUCCGGAUGUUUGUAUGAGGUAUGACCGUGAUCAGGACGCUCAUAUGGCACUGAUCAGGACGCUGGCAUGAGGUAUGGCGGUGAUCAGGAUACUGGUAUGAGGUAUGGUGGUGAUCAGGACACUGGCAUUG